GGGUGGAGGAGUUGCUAUGUGUUAGUAGGCUUGGCUAGGGGUGGGGAGUAUGACACACUGUCAGACCAAGCUGGUAUUUAAAUACCACACCCAAGAAGUGAUUUCAUAGUUGAAGCUAUUCUACAGUGAGCAGCACAACAUCCCUCGAGGAAAUCCAACAUGUCUCUGGUAUCGGAGUUCCUGGGUCAACUCACCCUGAAUUUUGGUGGGUCUGAUGAAGAAAAAUCUCCUACAGUGCGGCCUGCUGAAGACUUUGACGCUGACAAGGAUGCUGCCAGAAUAGAGACAGCUAUCAAGACAAAGGGUGUGGAUGAGCAAACCAUCAUCGACAUUCUGACAAGACGCAGCUACUCUCAAAGGCGGGAUAUUGCCUUUGCCUAUGAAAGAAGAACUAAGAAGGAUAUGAUCUCUGCUUUGAAAGGAGCCCUGAAAGGCCCCCUGGAGUCAGUGAUACUGGGUCUCAUGAAGAGCACGGCUCAGUUCGAUGCCUCAGAACUGAAGAACUCCAUGAAGGGACUGGGAACAGAUGAAGUCACUCUCGUUGAACUGGUCUGCUCUCGCAGCAACAGCGAGAUGCAGGAAAUCAAGAAAGUCUACAAGGAAAUGCACAAGAAAGAGUUGGAGAGUGAUGUCAGCUCAGACACUUCAGGAGACUUUCGCAAGCUGCUGGUAGCCCUGGUGAAGGGAAACCGGGCUGAACCAAGCGGUGUUGUUGACUAUGAGAAAAUUGACCAGGAUGCCAGAGAUCUGUAUGAUGCUGGAGUGAAGAGAAAGGGAACUGAUGUAGCCACAUGGAUCACCAUUAUGACCGAAAGGAGCGUGCCGCAUCUUCAGAAAGUGUUUGACAGGUACAAGAGCUACAGCCCUUACGACAUGAAGGAGAGCAUCAAGAAGGAGGUGAAAGGAGACAUGGAGAACGCUUUCCUCACUCUGGUUCAGUGCAUAGAGAACAAACCCCUGUAUUUUGCAAGCAGACUGAAUGACUCAAUGCAGAGUAAGGGAGCGAAGGACAAGCUGCUAACCAGGAUCAUGGUUUCCAGAUGUGAGGUCGACUUGCUGAAGAUCAGAACAGAAUUCAAGAAGCAGUAUAGCAAAUCCCUCUACCAGACAAUCUCUGAGCAUACCAAGGGAGAUUACCAGAGGGUUAUGCUGUGCCUGUGUGGCGGGGAUGACUGAAACAGAAGCGGUCAUGAAUCUGUAUUAAUGCCUCAAACUCUUCUGACGCCUUUUCAAAAUGAAAAAAUAAACACUUUUUUACAGUCUUUGCCAUUGUAUUAGCAUGUGCCUUCAGUUAUACUGCAUUCUCUUUUUCUGUUUUGAAAAAAAACUGACAUCGCUUUUUGUAAGCUGAUUUUCUGGAAAUAAAAAUACUUUGAAAAAACUG